AUGAACCAGCCAAUAAACAGCAACGUCUUUUUUAAAAUCCACUGGUUGGGCUUUCGAAUUUGCGGUGGCGACUCAACCGUGAACAAAUAUCGUCUAGUCUAUUUGGCGUACGCGCUUAUGGUCACGGUGCUGGUCACCGUCUGCUAUCCGCUGCACCUGGCGUUGGCGCUUUUCCGCAACGGUUCACUAGGCGGCAAUAUCAAGAAUCUGGCUGUGUGUGUCACUUGCAUUGCCUGCAGCUCGAAGUUCCUGAUUUAUACGCGGAAGUUGAGGAUUAUGCACGAGAUUGAGCAGACCUUCGCGGAGCUGGAUGCGCGCGUGAGCAGCGAGGUGGAACGCAAAUAUUUUGCUCGGCUGCGCAUAAGCGUAAGGAAUGUCGUCUCUGUAUUCGUAUGUGCCUAUGCUGCGGUCGGUAUGACGGCUGAGCUGGCGUUCCUCUUGAGCAAGGAACGCAGUCUAUUGUAUCCGGCCUGGUUUCCAUUCGAUUGGCGUGCGUCCACACGAAAUUUCUACGUGGCUAACGUGUACCAAUUCGUCGGUAUUUCCUAUCAGAUUUUCCAAAACUUUAUUGACGAUACCUUUCCACCCAUAACAUGUUGCCUGCUGUCUGGUCACAUAAAAUUGCUCGGUAUUCGUGUGUCUCGUAUUGGCUAUGAUUGCGUGAAUAGGCAGGAUAAUGAGCGGGAGCUCGUGCGUUGCAUCAAGGACCAGAAGAAUCUGUACAAGUUAUUCGUUCUGCUGCAGGAAGUUAUGUCCUGGCCGAUGUUCAUUCAAUUAACUGUUACCGCCUUCAAUAUCUGUGUGGCUAUGUUCGUGAUGCUGUUCUUUGUGGAUACACCUUUUGAACGACUCUAUUAUUUGGUGUAUUUUGUGUCGAUGCCUCUGCAAAUAUUUCCCAUCUGCUAUUAUGGCAGCAGUCUUCAGCAUCUCUUCAGCCAACUGCAGUACGACGUGUUUCGUUGCAAUUGGACCGAUCAAACUCCGCGCUUCAAAAAGCAAAUGAUGCUCUUUACGGAGCGCGCCUUGAAAACUACCACCGCCUUGGCCGGUGGCAUGAUCAAAAUACAUCUCGACACCUUCUUCGCUACUGUUAAGGGCGCCUAUUCGCUUUUUGCUGUCAUCAUGAAAGUCAAGUAG